GCGCCAAUGAGCAGGCGCCGGGCUCCCCUAGCAACAGUGCCCGCGCCAAUGGGCGCCGCCAGCCGCCCGCGCCGCUGCCCGCAGCCCUGCCCGGCAUCCCGUGCCGUCCCCACGCCGGCCGGCCGGCCGUUCCGUGCCGCAUCCCCGGUCCCCUGGGCCGGCGGAGCCCUGCUCUCAUUCCCCACAGCGUCGCCCAUCCCCACCGGGGCCGGAGCGGCGCUCCUGGGCUCUGCGGGUAAAGUCCAAUCCUGCUUAGCGUCCCCCCGGGGGCUCGAGUAGGGGCCCGGCGCUUGGCUGCCCACUCCCUACCCGCCUGCUUCCUUGGGAUUAGGCUCUGUGCUCUGCUUCCCCACGGGGAUUUGCCGAGGCUGGGGUUGCCUUCCCCAGCCGAAGGGAGGAAGGAGGUUGUCGGCAAGGGAUGAGAUGCCCGUGGAGCCCGUCUGGGCAGCAGCAAGAUGCUGGGCAACAGGAAGCCAUGCCUGCAGCCUUUGCCCUCUUCCCAGCUCCUUUCCAGAGCGCUGUUUUUGUGGGGCGGGUGCCGGGACACAGUUCUGCCGGCGGGCUAUGAGGCAGGAGUGGAGAUUUUGAUGCCUCUCCCAGGAGUCCCUAGAGCCAUGACUGCAACUGUGCAGACGCUGCGGUUCAAGCUGCUGCCGCACGAGCCGGGCCAGGAGUGGGGGCACAGCUGCCAGCAGGAAAUUGAGCGUCGCUACCAGGUGGUGCCCUCAGUGGUGUGCGCCAUGUGCUGCCUUUUUGGCAUCAUCUACUGCUUCUUCGGCUACCGCUGCUUCAAGGCUGUCAUGUUCCUGACGGGGCUGAUGUUCGGCUCUAUCAUCAUCUUCAUGCUGUGCUACAAGGAGCGGGUGCUGGACACACAGCUGAGCGUGGAGGCCUCAGUGGGCAUUGGGUUGGGCAUUGGAGUCUUGUGUGGGCUGGUCACCAUGCUGGUGCGCAGCGUUGGCCUCUUCAUGGUGGGGCUGCUCCUGGGGCUGCUGCUGGCGGUGGCCACGCUGGUGGUGAUGGAGCAAUUCUACCACCCACCAACGGUGUGGAUCCCCAUCGCGCUGCUCUUGGGUGUGGGGAUGCUCUUCGCUGUCCUCACACUGCAGUGGCAGCGCUUCUUCACCACCCUCUCCACCGCCGUCUUCGGCAGCGCCAUCAUGACCGUCACUGUCGACUACUUCAUCGAGCUCUUCCUCCUGGUGCAGUACAUCUAUGAGCGCAUCAAGGUGGCCCCUGCUCGCCCCGUGUGCUGGUACAGCUGGGUCAUCCUGGGCAUCUGGCCGCUCCUCACCACACUGGGUGUCCUGGUCCAGUGGAAGGUCACAGCCGAGGGCUACUCCCAUACAGAAGUGAUCAUCAGCCGGCAGCAGCGCCGCGUGCAGCUGAUGCGCAUCAAGCAGCGGGAAGACCGAAAGGAGAAGAAGAAGAAGCGGAGACCCCACCACCCACCACCCCACCAGCACAAAGCCCACCCCCCCGAGCCUGCUUACCGCCGCAAGCCCAACCCUGUGCGCCGCUUUGAUGGGGACGUGCUCUCCCCCAGCUACAUCCAGAGUUUCCGAGAGCGGCAGACAGGACCGUCGCUGAACAGCCUCAUCGCCAGCUCCCAUGCCGUGGUGGACCUGGACUAUGACUGCAGCUCCACCGUGCCCCUCACCUCAGGCUCUGGCCCUGCUGUGAGGGUAUAAGCCAACCCAGUGACCUCGAGCAACACCAGCACCCCAGCCUGCUCUGACAGAACCCCUGAGACAGGCAGGGCUUUGUCCUUGGCCCCAGGUGGCCACAUGCAGCUUGGGGCUGCAGAUGGAAACCCUUCUUGGAGACACAUGGGACUUGUCUGGAGAAGCCCCAGCUGCCAGUGGGGCCCAAAGGUGCUGGGGAAGCCCUUUGGCAGGGACUCAGCCAAAGGACCAGAACCCAUGGACGUGCAGUGCGAGUGGCUCUGCUGGGGUGGUGGGUCCCCGAGCCCCCACUGCUGUGCAUUACCCUAUGGCCCAGGCACGCUCAUCCUGCAUCUUAACGUUUCCCCAUAUUUGAGUCCUCCCCUUCCCAGGAGCAGCUCCCCACCCCAUUGCACCCCCAGCAACUCCCCAAGUGCCUGUCCCCUAUGUCCCUUCCUCAAAGAGCAGGUCCCAUGGCCCUUUUCCCAGCAGGGAAUCCCCUGAGCAUGUGAGCCCUGUCCUACCCUGUCCCCAAGAGCAGCUCCCAGGCAGUGCUUCCCAAAACCUGCCUCCUCAGAAGAUUCUCCUGCCCUAGCCACCCUCCCUACACCCCAGAGCGGCUUGCCACUCCUUUUUCCCAAGCUGGAUCGGGGUGGUCCUGGGGCAGAGACUGCCACGGCCAGGGGGUUCCCAAGGUGAUGCUGGCAAUCGGUGCCUGUCCGGCAGGAGCUGCGCUGGCAGGGUGCAUCCCCCACAAAAUGUUUUGAUGGGAGACAGGACAUUGGCUCCAGCCUUUGGGCAAAGGCUGGGCUGCCUCAGGGAUGCGGGGACCCCUGCAGCAUCAGAGACCGUCGCUGUUUUGCUGGCGACUGGAUUUUUAUAGUGGCCGGGGGACCCUGGGGCAGGGCAGGGCAGCAGCCCCUGCCCAGAGCACUGCUGCGGGCAGAGGCUCACGCCUUGUAUAUAUUUCUCUUGCUGUGAUUUGUAUUAACUUAUUACGGAGUGAGCCAGGAUUCCCCAUGGCCAGGCAGGCAGGAUGGUGGUGAGACUGGACCGGGGAGCCCUCUGCUUUGGGAGCCCCCCCAGCGCAGCCCAGCUGGCCCCGCUGCCCCAGGAACUGCAUGUUUCUGCCAGGCACCCCCUUCCCGCAGCAUUGUGCUGCCAUCCCCCUUUUCAGUCUUUUUUGUAAAUGUGCCAAAUGCUGUUGAGGCCUCGGCCACACAGUAAAGAGCCUUUCGGA